AUGAAGUGCGUGCGAGGAGGCGAGACCUGCUUAAACGAUCACGUAAAUCAAGCUUAAGUUUCAGACCUCCACCUCUUCAGAUCAGUAGAAUCAAGCUUCUAAUUGUUGAAAUUCAUCCCGCAUACCUAAUUUUGUACAGUUCUAUCUUACUAGCAAGUAGAGAAGCAAAAGUUCGCAGGAUUUUAGCCCUAGAAAUCAGCAAGUUGAAGUAGAAAGGUUGCUUGGCGUUUGCUUGAAAAUUUGAUCAGAGCGAAGCUAGGGUUUUAUCCAAUCAUGAGUCCUAUACAGAAUUUCGAGCAGCAUUCUCGCCAUCUUAUGGAACCUGACCUCCCUAUUCAAAAUAGGCUUCAAAUGGCGAUGGAGGUACGGGAUAGUUUAGAGAUAACACACACAGGGGAGUACUUGAAUUUCCUGAAGUGUUACUUCCGCCCAUUUUCUGGGAUUCUCUAUCAUAUAACAAAGCCACAGUUUACCGACAACCCUGAGCAUAAGCUGCGAAACAUUAUUAUUGAGAUCCUCAAUCGCCUUCCUCACAGUGAAGUGCUAAGGCCUUUUGUUCAAGAGCUAUUAAAAGUUGCUAUGCAUGUCCUUACCACUGACAACGAGGAGAAUGGCUUGAUUUGCAUUCGCAUCAUAUUUGAUCUUUUGAGGAACUUCAGACCAACCCAAGAAACUGAAGUGCAGCCUUUCCUUGACUUUGUGUGUAAAAUUUACCAGAAUUUCAGACUCACAGUUAGCCAUUUUUUUGAAAGUGGGGCACUUGUGGCUCCAGCAAUGCCACCGCCAUCAUCAAUGUCCGCAUUACCUUCCCUUGGCAGUGAAGAUGUUAAGCCCAUGGAGAUUUCAGAUCAAGUUGGGUCUUCUGCAACGACGAGCACUGGGGCUGGGCAACUCAAUCCAAGUACUAGGUCGUUCAAGAUUGUCACGGAGAGUCCCUUGGUAGUUAUGUUUCUUUUUCAGUUGUAUAACCGGCUUGUCCAGACUAAUAUUCCUCAGUUGUUGCCAUUGAUGGUUGCGGCUAUCUCAGUCCCAGGCCCUGAUAAGGUUCCACCACAUUUGAAGACCCAUUUCACUGAGCUAAAAGGGGCUCAAGUUAAGACUGUCUCUUUUCUGACUUACCUUUUGAAGAGCUUUGCCGAUUAUAUUAGGCCACAUGAAGAAAGCAUAUGUAAAAGCAUUGUGAACCUGCUUGUUACUUGUUCAGACUCCGUUUCGAUUAGAAAGGAAUUGUUGAUAGCAUUAAAACAUGUCCUUGGCACGGAUUUUAAGAGGGGCUUAUUUCCUCUGAUUGAUACACUCUUGGAAGAGAGGGUUCUCGUUGGAAUUGGCCGGGCUUGUUUUGAAACACUGAGGCCAUUGGCAUAUAGUCUCUUGGCAGAAAUUGUUCAUCAUGUUCGGGGAGAUCUCUCAUUGUCACAGUUGUCACGGAUUAUCUACCUGUUCUCGAGUAAUAUGCACGACGCUUCGUUAUCUCUCAGCAUCCACACCACAUGUGCACGGUUAAUGUUGAAUCUGGUGGAGCCAAUUUUUGAGAAAGGCGUUGAUCUGCCAUCCAUGGAUGAAGCAAGGAUUUUAUUGGGGCGCAUAUUGGAUGCUUUCGUUGGAAAAUUUAGCACCUUUAAGCGCAGUAUUCCUCAGCUUCUGGAGGAUGGAGAGGAAGGAAAGGAUCGCUCUACCUUAAAGUCAAAGCUUGAGCUGCCAGUGCAGGCUGUUUUAAACAUUCAGGUUCCUGUGGAACAUUCCAAAGAAGUCAGUGAUUGUAAGCAUCUGAUCAAGACCUUGGUUAUGGGAAUGAAAACAAUAAUAUGGAGCAUCACGCAUGCACAUCUACCCCGAUCACAGGUUUCACCUUCCACUCAUGGGACACCUCCACAGAUGCUUCCUGCAACCCCACCUAAUUCAUCAAUAGGCCAGCCAUUUAAAGGGUUGAGAGAAGAAGAGGUAUGGAGAGCUUCUGGUGUCUUGAAGAGUGGUGUGCGUUGCUUGGCUCUCUUUAGGGAGAAAGAUGAGGAGAGAGAAAUGAUCCAUCUCUUCUCCCAGAUAUUGGCUAUCAUGGAACCUCGAGAUCUUAUGGAUAUGUUCUCGUUGUGCAUGCCAGAGCUUUUUGAGUGCAUGAUAUCCAACACACAGCUUGUGCACAUAUUUUCUACUCUUCUUCAAGCCCCUAAGGUUUUCAGGCCGUUUGCAGAUGUCUUGGUUAAUUUUCUUGUAAGCAGCAAACUUGACGUUCUGAAGCAUCCAGACUCGCCUGCAGCGAAACUUGUUUUACAUCUUUUCCGGUUUUUAUUCGGUGCUGUUGCCAAAGCUCCAGCAGAUUGUGAACGUAUUUUGCAGCCUCACGUGCCUGUUAUUGUGGAAGCUUGCAUGAAAAAUGCCAGUGAAGUUGAGAGACCACUAGGUUAUCUGCAACUUCUUCGAACAAUGUUCCGCGCCUUGGGAGGGGGUAAAUUUGAGCUUCUAUUGAGAGACUUGAUUCCCACACUGCAACCCUGCUUGAAUAUGUUGUUGGCCAUGCUUGAGGGUCCAACGGCUGAAGAAAUGAGAGAUCUUCUGCUAGAGCUUUGUUUAACACUCCCAGCACGGUUAAGUUCAUUGUUACCUCACCUUCCUCGAUUGAUGAAGCCACUUGUGAUGUGUCUUAAUGGGACCGAUGAAUUAGUGAGCUUAGGAUUGCGAACACUUGAAUUUUGGAUUGAUAGCUUGAAUCCUGAUUUUCUGGAACCAAGUAUGGCCAAUGUGAUGUCUGAAGUGAUUUUAGCAUUGUGGUCUCACUUAAGGCCUGCACCCUACCCAUGGGGUGGUAAAUCAUUACAACUCCUUGGGAAGUUGGGUGGACGUAAUAGGCGCUUCCUCAAAGAGCCUCUUGCACUUGAGUGCAAGGAAAACCCAGAGCAUGGACUCCGUCUGAUUCUUACGUUUGAGCCUGAAACCCCGUUUCUAGUACCUCUGGAUCGAUGUAUUAAUCUUGCUAUAACAGCUGUUAUGAACAAGAACAAUGGCAUGGAUGCUUUUUAUCGGAAACAAGCUUUGAAGUUUCUUCGGGUAUGCUUAUCAUCGCAGCUUGAUUUACCAGGUCGUGUAACUGAUGAUGGGUUAAUAUCUAGACACUUAUCAACCAUUUUGGUCUCAUCAGAUCCAUCGUGGAGAAGAUCUGAUGCAUCCGAUGUAAAGACUGACUUGGGGGUCAAGACCAAAACACAACUAAUGGCUGAGAAAUCUGUAUUCAAGAUUCUUCUGAUGACCAUUAUUGCUGCUAGUGCAGAACCUGAUUUAGUUGACCCCAAGGAUGAAUAUAUUGCGAAUGUUUGCCGCCAUUUUGCAAUCAUAUUUCACUUGGAAAAUUCUUCUGCUAAUGCUCCUGUUUCAGCCAUUCCUCUCGGUGGUCCUUUGCUGUCCUCAAAUACAAGUAACAGUUUGAAGCCAAGGAAUGGUAGCAGUUCUAAUUUGAAAGAGUUGGACCCUCUGAUUUUUUUGGAUGCCCUGGUGGAAGUGCUUGCAGAUGAAAACAGGCUUCAUGCGAAAGCGGCUCUCAAUGCCUUAAAUGUGUUUUCUGAAACUCUUCUAUUACUAGCUCGAUCCAAGCAUGCUGAUGUGCUCAUGUCAAGAGGGGCUCCUGGUACUCCUAUGAUCGUCUCUAGUCCAUCAAUGAGUCCUGUCUAUUCACCGCCUCCUAGUGUUCGAGUCCCCAUCUUUGAUCAGCUACUACCUCGUCUAUUGCACUGCUGUUAUGGAAGUACUUGGCAGGCUCAAAUGGGUGGAGUUAUUGGUCUUGGUGCGUUGGUGGGAAAGGUCACUGUUGAAACUUUAUGUGUUUUUCAAGUACGUGUUGUACGAGGACUUGUAUUUGUUCUUAAAAGACUCCCUGUAUAUGCUGCAAAGGAGCAGGAAGAGACAAGUCAGGUGCUCACUCAGGUGCUCCGAGUAGUGAAUAAUGUUGAUGAAGCAAACAGUGAAGCCCGCAGGCAGAGUUUCCAAGGGGUAGUUGAAUUUCUUGCUUCAGAGUUAUUGAAUACCAAUGCAACAGUAAAAGUCAGUAAAAUUGUGCAGUCCUGUUUGGCACUUUUGGCUAGUAGAACUGGCAGUGAAGUAUCGGAGUUGCUUGAACCAUUAUACCAGACUUUGCUUCAGUCUCUUCUCAUGCGCCCUCUAAGGUCAAAAAAUGUCGAUCAACAGGUUGGGACUGUGACAGCCUUGAAUUUUUGCCUUGCUUUGAGGCCCCCUCUUCUUAARUUGACUCCAGAGUUAGUCAAUUUUCUUCAAGAGGCAUUACAGAUUGCUGAGGCUGAUGAGACUGUGUGGGUCGCCAAGUUUAUGAACCCAAAAGUGGCCAUGUCGUUAACCAAACUCCGUACAGCUUGCAUUGAACUGCUAUGUACAGCAAUGGCGUGGGCAGAUUUUAAGACUCAAAAUCAUUCUGAACUACGUGCAAAGAUCAUUUCCAUGUUUUUCAAGUCUUUGACAAGCAGGACGCCGGAGAUAGUAGCCGUUGCUAAGGAGGGAUUGCGACAGGUUAUUUUGCAGCAACGAAUGCCCAAAGAACUUCUGCAGAGCAGCCUGAGGCCUAUACUAGUUAAUUUGGCACAUACCAAGAAUCUCAGUAUGCCUCUGCUACAAGGUCUGGCUCGCCUGCUUGAACUUCUAUCCAAUUGGUUUAAUGUGGCGUUGGGAGGCAAACUGUUGGAGCAUCUAAAGAGAUGGCUUGAACCUGAGAAGCUUCAACAGAUUCAAAAAUCUUGGAAAAGUGGUGAAGAACCAAAAAUAGCAGCUGCGAUCAUCGAGCUUUUUCACUUGCUACCCAAUGCGGCAGGGAAGUUCCUUGAUGAACUUGUAACCUUGACUAUUGAUUUGGAAGCAGCCCUUCCACCUGGGCAGUUUUAUAGUGAGAUCAACAGUCCUUAUCGUCUCCCACUGACAAAGUUCUUAAAUCGUUAUCCACAAGCUGCUGUCGAUUAUUUUCUUGCUAGAUUAUGUGAACCAAAAUAUUUUCGGCGGUUAAUGUACAUCAUACGCUCAGAUGCUGGUCAACCCUUGAGAGAAGAGCUUGCAAAGUCACCAGAGAAGAUACUCUCGAGUGCCUUCCCCGAGUUCAUUCCAAAAGCUGAAACAUCAACGGCCCAGGGGUCUUUAGAAACUCCUUCAUUAGGGGGUGAUGACAACACUCUACCUCAAUCUAACCCCCCUGCCCCAAGUGUGUUGCCAGAUGCUUAUUUCCAGGGUCUCGCACUUAUAAAAACGUUGGUCAAACUCAUGCCUGUAUGGUUGCAGUCUAACCGCACUGUUUUUGAUUCAUUGGUUCUUUUGUGGAAGUCCCCUGCAAGGAUAUCUCGUCUGCAGAAUAAACAGGAACAGAGUCUGGUGCAAGUGAAAGAAAGCAAAUGGCUGGUUAAAUGCUUCCUGAACUAUUUACGCCAUGAUAAAUCUGAAGUCAAUGUGCUGUUUGAAAUCCUCUCUAUCUUCUUAUAUCAUACGCGCAUUGAUUUUACCUUUCUGAAGGAGUUUUACAUAAUUGAGGUGGCUGAGGGCUAUCCACCCAAUAUGAAGAAAACCCUCCUUUUGCACUUUUUAAACAUCUUCCAAUCAAAACAAAUGGGUCAUGAUCACUUGGUGGUCAUCAUGCAAAUGCUGAUUCUUCCAAUGCUGGCUCAUGCAUUUCAGAAUGAGCAAACGUGGGAGGUUAUAGAUACUGCUAUCAUAAAAACAAUUGUUGACAAGCUUCUGGACCCUCCUGAAGAGGUCUCUGCUGAUUAUGAUGAGCCGCUGAGGAUAGAGCUAUUACAACUUGCUACUCUACUUCUCAAGUAUCUCCAGACUGACCUUGUUCAUCAUAGAAAGGAACUAAUAAAAUUUGGGUGGAAUCACCUCAAACGUGAAGACAGUGCUAGUAAGCAGUGGGCCUUUGUCAAUGUAUGCCACUUCUUGGAGGCCUAUCAAGCUCCAGAAAAGAUCAUACUGCAGGUGUUCGUUGCCCUUCUCCGGACUUGCCAGCCAGAGAACAAAAUGUUGGUCAAGCAAGCCCUUGACAUAUUAAUGCCUGCACUUCCCCGAAGAUUACCACUUGGUGACAAUUCCCGUAUGCCAAUUUGGAUACGCUACACGAAAAAGAUUCUUGUUGAGGAAGGACAUUCAAUUCCCAAUCUCAUUCACAUUUUUCAGCUCAUUGUUCGUCAUUCAGAUCUUUUCUACAGUUGUAGGGCCCAGUUUGUACCUCAGAUGGUUAAUUCUCUCAGUCGCCUUGGCUUACCGUAUAAUACUACUUCAGAGAACCGGCGUCUCGCAAUUGAACUUGCUGGGUUGGUUGUCAACUGGGAGAGACAAAGACAAAAUGAGAUGAAAACAGUCAAUGAUGGUGAAGGCGCUAGUCAGAAUAAUGAUGGAUCAAAUCAUGGCUCCACAGGUGUGGACAGUAAACGUUCAACGGAUGGACCUACAUUUUCUGAAGAUCCAACAAAGCGAUUAAAGGUUGAACCUGGUCUUCAACCUCUUGGUGUCAUGUCACCUGGUGGUGCCUCUUCAAUUCCAAAUAUAGAAACACCAGGAUCUACCGGGCAACCAGAUGAGGAGUUUAAGCCCAAUGCUGCAAUGGAGGAAAUGAUAAUCAAUUUUUUGAUAAGAGUAGCGUUGGUGAUAGAGCCAAAGGACAAGGAAGCAAGUCUCAUGUAUAAGCAAGCUCUAGAGCUCCUAUCGCAAGCUUUGGAGGUGUGGCCAAGUGCUAAUGUUAAAUUCAAUUAUUUAGAGAAGCUUCUAAGCAGCAUUCCGCCUACACAGUCGAAGGACCCAUCCACAGCUCUGGCGCAGGGUUUGGAUGUGAUGAAUAAAGUGUUGGAGAAACAACCACAUUUAUUCAUCCGUAAUAAUAUCAUUCAUAUUUCUCAAAUCCUUGAGCCCUGUUUCAAGUAUAAAAUGUUAGAUGCUGGAAAGUCAUUGUGUUCUUUGUUGAAGAUGGUUUUUGUUGCUUUCCCUUCAGAAGCUACUAGUACCCCACAGGAUGUGAAGGCGUUGUACCAAAAAGUUGAGGAGCUUAUACAGAAGCACCUUGCUUCUGUUGCAGCUCCUCAGGCAGCUGGCGAAGAUAACUCUGCUUCUAUGAUUAGUUUUGUACUGUAUAUCAUACAAACCCUAGCAGAAGUGCAAAAGAAUGCUAUUGAUCCUUUCAAUUUGGUUCGAGUUCUUCAACGUCUAGCACGUGAUUUGGCAUCUGCACCUGGGUCUUAUGCGAGACAAGGCCAAAGAACAGACCCAGAUUCUGCAGUUAGCUCUUCUCGUCAAGGUGCUGAUGUUGGAGUGGUCAUUGCCAAUCUUAAAUCAGUCUUGAAACUCAUCGGCGAGAGGGUCAUGCUUGUGCCUGACUUCAAAAAGACCAUAACGCAGAUUCUAAAUUCCUUGCUCUCUGAGAAAGGAACUGAUCAUUCUGUGCUUCUCUGCAUCCUUGAUGUAAUAAAGGGAUGGAUUGACAAAGAUUUUGGUAUGCCUGGAAUGACUACCACUUCUGUAUCUUUUCUUACCCCAAAAGAAGUGGUAUCUUUCCUUCAGAAGCUUUCUCAAGUGGAUAAGCAGAACUUUUCCCCAAGUUCUCUUGAGGAGUGGGAUAGGAAAUAUCUUGAGCUACUCUAUGGGCUUUGUGCGGAUGCAAAUAAGUAUCCGUUGUCCUUGCGCCAAGAAGUGUUUCAGAAGGUAGAGAGGCAAUAUUUACUAGGUUUAAGAGCAAAGGAUCCUGAAAUGAGGAUGAAAUUUUUCUCCCUUUAUCACGAAUCUCUUCAGAAAACACUGUUCACAAGGUUGCAAUACAUUAUUCAAGUUCAGGACUGGGAGGCUUUGAGUGAUGUCUUCUGGCUGAAACAAGGCCUUGAUCUUCUUCUUGCCAUCUUAGUCGAGAAUAAACCUAUCACACUACCUCCAAAUUCUGCCAAGGUUACUUCUCUUCUGGCUGCAGGUUCUCUUCCUGAACUUUCUGGAGCGCAACCUAUGAUUACUGAUGCAUCUGAGGCGUCAGAAGAUACUCCAUUAACUGUUGAUGCCCUUGUUUCAAAGCAUGCCAAGUUUAUGAGUGAGAUGAGCCGGCUUCAGGUUGGUGAUCUGGUGAUUCCACUGAGAGAGCUAGCUCAUACAGAUGCAAAUGUUGCAUAUCAUUUGUGGGUGUUGGUAUUUCCCAUUGUCUGGGUGACCUUAUGCAAGGAUGAGCAAGUAAAACUUGCUAAGCCAAUAAUCUCGCUCUUGUCAAAAGAUUACCACAAGAAGCAGCAGGGUAACAGACCAAAUGUGGUGCAAGCUCUUUUAGAAGGACUCCAGUUAAGCCACCCUCAACCUCGAAUGCCUAGUGAACUCAUCAAAUAUAUCGGUAAGACUUACAAUGCAUGGCACAUUGCACUAAAUCUUCUGGAAAGUCAUGUGAUGCUGUUUUUGAAUGAAACAAAGUGCUCCGAGUCUCUUGCUGAACUUUACCGUUUGCUGAAUGAGGAAGACAUGAGGUAUGGCUUGUGGAAGAAACGAUCAAUUACCGCUGAAACAAGGGUUGGGCUAUCACUUGUUCAGCAUGGUUACUGGCAGAGGGCUCAAAGUCUUUUUUACCAAGCCAUGGUUAAGGCAACCCAAGGCACUUACAAUAACACUGUACCGAAGGCCGAGAUGUGUCUUUGGGAGGAACAAUGGCUGUAUUGUGCCAGUCAACUCAGUCAAUGGGACGUGUUGGCAGAAUUUGGUAAACUUGUUGAUAAUUAUGAAAUUUUACUUGAUAGUCUCUGGAAACAACCAGAUUGGGCAUUUUUGAAAGAUCAUGUAAUUCCAAAGGCUCAAGUUGAAGAAACUCCAAAGCUUCGUAUAAUCCAAGCAUAUUUUUCUUUACAUGAGAAAAAUACCAAUGGUGUUGGCGAUGCUGAAAAUAUUGUAGGCAAGGGUGUUGACCUUGCUUUGGAGCAGUGGUGGCAGUUGCCCGAGAUGUCUAUUCAUGCCAGAAUCCCUCUUUUGCAACAAUUCCAGCAACUAGUUGAGGUUCAAGAAUCAGCCCGAGUUAUAGUAGAUAUUGCCAAUGGAAACAAACUAUCUGGAAAUGCUUCUGUCGGUGUACAUGGUGGUCUAUAUGCUGAUCUAAAAGACAUCCUUGAAACCUGGAGACUCAGAACUCCAAAUGAAUGGGAUAAUUUGUCUGUUUGGUACGACUUGCUUCAGUGGAGGAAUGAAAUGUAUAAUGCAGUGAUUGAUGCCUUUAAAGAUUUUGCGAACACAAAUUCUCAACUUCAUCACCUUGGUUACCGUGACAAAGCAUGGAAUGUCAACAAACUUGCCCACAUUGCCCGCAAGCAGGGUCUUCAUGAUGUUUGUGUAUCUGUUCUGGAAAAAAUGUAUGGACACUCUACGAUGGAGGUGCAGGAGGCCUUUGUUAAGAUAAGGGAGCAAGCAAAGGCAUAUCUAGAAAUGAAGGGAGAGCUUACAAGUGGUCUCAAUUUGAUUAAUAGUACUAAUCUGGAAUACUUUCCUGUCAAACACAAAGCAGAAAUUUGUCGUAUUAAAGGGGAUUUCUUGUUGAAGCUACAUGAUUGUGAAGGAGCCAAUCUUUCGUAUUCAAAUGCCAUCAGCCUUUUUAAGAACCUGCCUAAAGGGUGGAUAAGCUGGGGAAAUUACUGUGACAUGGCUUUCAAAGAGACACAUGACGAGAUUUGGUUAGAGUAUGCUGUGAGCUGUUUUCUUCAAGGCAUCAAAUUUGGCAUUCCCAAUUCUAGAAGCCAUCUAGCUCGUGUUCUAUACCUUCUCAGCUUUGACACUCCCAAUGAGCCUGUUGGAAGAGCAUUUGACAAGUAUGUUGAUCAAAUACCUCAUUGGGUCUGGCUUUCUUGGAUUCCCCAACUCUUACUCUCUUUGCAAAGGUCUGAAGCCCCACAUUGCAAACUUGUUCUGCUGAAAGUUGCAACUGUAUAUCCACAGGCAUUGUAUUACUGGCUGCGCACAUAUCUGCUCGAGCGGCGUGAUGUCGCUAAUAAAUCUGAAUUCGGUAGAAUGGCAAUGGCUCAGCAAAGGAUGCAGCAAAACAUGGCUGGAGGCUCUGGUUCUGCUGGCCUGGCUGAUGGGAAUACCAGGCAGGGUGGAGGUUCUUCAGCCUCGGACAAUCAGAUCCAUCAAGGAAGUCAGUCAGUGGGUGCUGUUGGAUCCCAUGGUGGAGGCAGCUCUCAGGGUCAAGAGCCUGAAAGGUCCACAGUUGCUGAAGGCAGUGUGCUUGGGGGGAAUGAACAACAGUUGCAACAGAAUCCUUCUUCCGUUAGUGAUGGUGGUCAGAAUGCUAUAAGGCGUAACUAUGCUAUGGGUUUGGUUGCUUCUGCUGCUAGUGCUUUCGAUGCUGCCAAAGAUAUAAUGGAGGCACUUAGAAGCAAACACACAAACUUGGCUAGUGAACUCGAGAGUUUGCUCACGGAGAUAGGUUCAAGGUUUGUGACCCUACCAGAAGAGCGACUAUUGGCUGUGGUUAAUGCGCUGCUCCACCGAUGUUACAAGUAUCCUACUGCCACAACUGCAGAGGUUCCCCAGUCUCUUAAGAAGGAGCUUUCCGGUGUUUGCAGGGCCUGUUUUUCAGCAGAUGCUGUUAACAAGCAUGUUGAAUUUGUCAGAGAGUACAAGCAGGAUUUUGAACGUGAUCUUGAUCCAGAGAGCACUUCUACUUUCCCAGCCACCCUAUCUGAUCUGACUGAAAGACUGAAGCACUGGAAAAACAUUCUUCAGAGCAAUGUGGAGGAUCGGUUCCCAGCUGUAUUGAAACUUGAGGAAGAAAGCAGGGUAUUGCGUGACUUCCAUGUCGUCGAGGUGGAGGUUCCAGGACAAUACUUCACUGAUCAAGAAGUUGCACCUGAUCAUACCGUGAAGCUAGACAGGGUAGGGGCUGAUAUUCCAAUUGUGCGUAGGCAUGGAAGCAGUUUCCGUCGUUUGACUCUCAUAGGCUCCGAUGGUUCCCAACGCCAUUUUAUUGUUCAGACAUCUUUGACCCCAAAUGCCAGGAGCGAUGAACGAAUAUUACAACUUUUCCGUGUGAUGAACCGGAUGUUUGAUAAGCACAAGGAAUCAAGACGCCGCCACAUAAACAUUCAUACACCAAUUAUCAUCCCUGUUUGGUCUCAGGUGCGGAUGGUAGAAGAUGACUUAACAUACAGUACCUUUCUGGAGGUAUACGAGAACCAUUGUUCAAGAAACAAUAAAGAGGCUGACCAACCGAUUGCCUAUUUUAAGGAGCAACUGAACCAAGCAAUCUCGGGCCAAAUAUCACCAGAAGCUGUAGUAGAUCUUCGUCUCCAAGCUUACAACUACAUUACAAAAGAUUACGUGUUUGACAAUAUAUUCUCUCAGUACAUGUACAAAACAUUGCUGAGUGGAAACCAUAUGUGGGCUUUCAAGAAGCAGUUUGCCAUCCAGUUGGCCCUCUCAAGUUUCACAUCUUUCAUGCUACAAAUAGGGGGCCGGUCCCCUAACAAAAUACUGUUUGCCAAGAACACCGGGAAGAUAUUUCAAACAGAUUUCCAUCCAGCAUACGAUGCCAAUGGUAUGAUCGAGUUCAACGAACCAGUGCCUUUCCGGUUGACAAGAAACUUGCAGGCGUUUUUCUCUCAUUUUGGUGUCGAAGGCCUCAUUGUGUCUGCCAUGUGUGCAGCAGCACAAGCUGUUGUUUCCCCCAAGCAAAGUCAACAUCUGUGGCAUCAUUUAGCUAUGUUUUUCCGGGAUGAACUGUUAUCCUGGUCAUGGAGGCGGCCGCUUGGAAUGCCAUUGGCGCCGGUGGUUGGUGGGGGGAGCUUGAACCCUGUUGAGUUCAGACAAAAGAUCACAACGAACGUAGAACAAGUGAUUGGGCGGAUCAAUGGAAUCGCCCCCCAGUUCGUAUCAGAAGAGGAGGAGAAUUCGGUGGAUCCACCGCAGUCGGUGCAACGAGGUGUAACGGAACUUGUCGAAGCUGCUCUAACUCCAAGAAACUUAUGCAUGAUGGACCCAACAUGGCAUCCAUGGUUUUGAAUUAGAGAAGACCAUAGAUGGAUAGAUAGAUAAAGAUAGGUGGUAUGUGAUGUAUAGAUAAAAAGGUAGAAGAAGUUUGGAGGUUGGAGUGAGUUGUGCAUAUGAUGAUGUUAGAGGGAAGGAAGUAAGAUUAGAUGAUGGAUGAUGGAUGGUGGAUGAUGGUUAAGUGGAAAGUGAACAUAAAACAGUUAUGAAUUGAUGAUACCAUUUCCCUUCCCCUUAAUGUAUGCUUCACAUUUGCCUUUUCCA